UAUUUUUUUUAUUUAUUUAUCAGUCCUUUUUUUUUUUUAUAUAUAUUUAUAAUUUUUUUUUAAUGAGCCCCCACUUCUUUUGUUAAAAAUGUAACACGUGUUCUUCUCUACCAUGUUUGAGUUGGAUCUCUCCCCCUUCCUUCUCCCCGUUCUAUAUAAAUCCUUGCCUUCCUCACAUCACUUCCCCAAAAACAAACACCCACUCACUCUUCCUUUCCCUCUCUAUCUCACUCACACUCGCACUCAAUUCAUAUUCACAAACCCAUAAAUACCCAAAUACCAAUAACCUUCACUUUAAAGAUUUCUCUAUAUUUGAGCCAAUUACUUUGCUCUUCAUUCACACCCUUUGUACAUUAAAUUGAGUACAAGUAUUACUACUUGAAAAUUGGCUCUUUUGCAUUUAUUAUUUUUUCUUUCAAUUACCAAGAAUAGAACAAUACCAACAAUAACCAAUUAUACCAUGGCUACUAUUACUCCAUCAUCCUCCUCCUCCUCCUCUCCCUCUUCUAUCUUUCUAAAUUGGCAUCAUAGUGGAAAAGCCAACAUUAUUUCUUGCUCUCUCCACACUCCUUCCAUUCUCCAUUUCCCUAAACAGUCUACUAAAACCACUAAUUUCCCACCUUCACCUUCUACUUCCACUCCUGCCCCAAAAAAGUGGCUCACUACUACUGUUGAUAAACCUUUAGCAACUCAACAUCAACAACAAAGGCAGACACAGAAACAGGAAUUAAAUCUGUUACAGAGAGCUGCAUCCAUGGCUUUAGAUGCUGUUGAAAGUGCUCUCGUUUCACAUGAACGUAAGCACCCACUUCCCAAAACUGCAGACCCAGGAGUCCAAAUUUGUGGUAACUUCGCUCCUGUCCCUGAGCAAUCCGUUGUGCACAGUUUACCAGUCGCUGGAAAAAUCCCAGAUAGCAUUCAUGGUGUUUACAUUCGAAACGGAGCGAACCCACUUCAUGAACCGGUUGCUGGUCACCAUUUCUUUGAUGGUGAUGGUAUGGUUCAUGCUGUCCAGUUCGAAAAGGGUGGUUCUGUUAGCUAUGCUUGCCGGUUCACUGAAACUAAUAGGUUUGUUCAAGAGCGUGAAUUAGGACGUCCAGUUUUCCCUAAGGCCAUAGGUGAGCUACAUGGCCAUUCUGGGAUUGCUAGGUUGCUGCUGUUUUAUGCUCGUGGACUGGUUGGUCUUGUUGAUCCUAGUCAUGGAACUGGUGUUGCUAACGCUGGUCUUGUCUACUUUAAUGGCCGUCUUCUUGCUAUGUCUGAAGAUGACUUGCCUUACCAUGUCCGUGUUCUUCCUUCUGGUGAUCUCAAAACUGUUGCGCGAUAUGACUUUGAUGCCCAGCUUAAAAGUACAAUGAUUGCGCAUCCAAAAGUUGAUCCUGUUUCUGGUGAACUGUUUGCUCUUAGUUAUGAUGUUGUCCAAAAGCCUUUCCUGAAAUAUUUCAGGUUUUCCCCUGAUGGGAAAAAGUCUCCCGAUGUUGAAAUUUCACUUGAUCAGCCAACUAUGAUGCAUGAUUUUGCCAUCACUGAGAACUUCGUUGUUGUUCCUGACCAACAAGUGGUUUUCAAGUUGCCUGAAAUGAUCCGCGGUGGCUCUCCAGUUAUCUAUGACAAGAACAAGAUGUCAAGGUUCGGAAUACUAGACAAGAAUUCCAAUGAUGGUUCCAAGAUUAAGUGGAUUGAAGCACCAGAUUGUUUCUGUUUCCAUCUCUGGAACGCCUGGGAGGAGCCCGAAACCGAUGAGGUUGUUGUGGUUGGGUCUUGUAUGACUCCUCCUGAUUCAAUUUUCAACGAAUGUGAAGAGAGUCUAAAGAGUGUUCUAUCAGAAAUCAGGCUAAAUCUAAAGACCGGUAAGUCUACUCGCCGUGCCAUCAUUUCUCAGCAUGAACAAGUCAAUCUAGAAGCAGGAAUGGUGAGCCGUAACUUGCUUGGAAGAAAGACUCGGUUUGCUUACUUAGCUCUUGCAGAACCAUGGCCUAAAGUUUCAGGAUUUGCUAAGGUAGACCUCAACACUGGAGAGGUUCACAAGUACGUUUAUGGAGACAGCAAAUAUGGUGGCGAGCCAAUGUUUCUUCCCAGUUCCGAUUCAGCCCAAGAAGACUCUGGGUACAUCUUGUGCUUUGUACAUGAUGAGAAGGAAUGGAAAUCAGAGCUGCAAAUUGUCAAUGCAAUGAAUCUGAAGCUAGAAGCAACAGUUAAGCUUCCAUCUCGAGUUCCUUAUGGCUUUCAUGGCACGUUUAUCAAUGCCAGUGAUUUGCAGAAGCAGGCUUAGCUUAGCUAUAUGAUCAAUGGGCAGAUUCAGAGAAGAGAUUUAUCAGAGGGAUGCUUGCAGAUAAUGUCCCCGGGUCUCCUUCUCUGUUUACAGAAUUAUCAUAUUAUUAUUAUUAACCCUGUUUUAGGAUUCUGUUUUCAGUUUCUUUUCGGGUUCUUUUAUGUUAAAGAGUGGGAGGUUUUGAGGGGUCAAUUAGUAGCUUUUGGUUAAUACCUAGAUUGAGCUCAGUUGGUCUCUACUUAUUCUUACACUCUUUGUUGCAUUUUGAGAAAAAAAGAAAAAGAAAAAAAAAAGUAUAUAGUCAACAGCACAUGUAAUAUUUUAUCCUCAGUUUAUGCCUCUGUUUUCUUUUUUAUUUUUUCAAUGCAUUGCUAUGUAAAUAUUGUAAUUUUUAAUAAAUAUUUCCCUUUUUUUUCUUAAUAUUCAA